AAUUAUUCCAAAUUUGAGAACCAUUAACUUUUAUAGCAAUCGAACCGCCAAAAGCCCUAUAUUUGCUCCGCUUGUUCUUGGAGCAAAAUUUUCCCUUCGUUUCUUCGUUCAGAGCCUAAGCAAAUUUUCCAACAAGAAGCAUGUCUAAACAGAGGACUCUUUGCAAGUUCUUUGUACAUGGAGCGUGUUUAAAGGGUGAUCACUGUGAGUUUUCGCAUGACUGGAAGGACCCUCAGAACAACGUGUGCACGUUUUAUCAGAAAGGUAUUUGUGCUUAUGGGAGCAGAUGCAGAUAUGAACACGUUAAAGCUUCUCGCACCCCGUCAUCAUCUUCGUCUUCAUCAGCGAAUCCUCCGGAGUUCUUAUUAUCAGAACCUAUUUUAUCUGCUCCUUCUUCUGGAGCUCCUUCGGUUCUUGAGGGUCAUGUUCCCAGCACUACUGCAGAUCUUUCAUUCUCAAGCCGCUCUUCGGCUAAUGAACCAGCAUGGGGGAAAAUUGUGGGCCUUGAUGUCGAAUCACAAGAUAUUAGUAUAGGACAGAAAAGAAGUCUUAAUCCAGCUGAUCAACCUAUCUGUUCUUUUGCUGCUGCUGGUCAUUGUCCUCGUGGUGAAAUGUGCCCUCACAUUCAUGGAGACUUAUGUCCAACUUGUGGGAAACAUUGCCUACAUCCUUUUAGGCCUCAGGAGAGGGAGGAUCAUUAUCAAUCAUGUGUGAGAAGGCAAAACCACCUGGAGGCAUUAAAGUGCAGUCAAGAAAUAGAGUGUAGUGUCUGCCUUGAGCGUGUACUGUCAAAGCCCACUGCAGCUGAACGCAAAUUUGGAAUACUUUCAGAGUGCGAUCAUCCAUUCUGUAUAGGUUGUAUUAGGAAUUGGCGCAGUAGUUCUCCAGCAUCUGGAAUGGACAUGAAUUCUGCACUGAGAUCUUGCCCCAUAUGCCGAAAGCUCUCUUACUUUGUCAUUCCUAGUGUUAUUUGGUAUUCCAGCAAAGAAGAAAAGCAGGAGAUUGUUGAAAGCUACAAAACAAAACUCAGGUCCAUCGAUUGCAAGCACUUUGACUUUGGAAACGGGAGCUGCCCAUUCGGGACUAGUUGUUUCUAUAAGCAUACCGUGAAGCCUGGCUCCUAUGUAUGGAAUUCUACAGUGAUGCAUGAUAUAUACCCCUCAAGAUUUACAGCAUGCUUAUCGUGAUGGCCGUCUGGAGGAAGUAACUCUACGUCACCUAGGGGCCGAAGAUGGACAAACCGUGAUAGCGAAAAAUAUCAGGCUCUCAGAUUUCCUCAGUAAUUUGCAAAUAAGGUGAUGAUGCUUGUGGAUUUCAGGGGGUGUGAUUUAGGGGGACUAUAUUCAUCAUCGUGGUCAAUACUUUGUUAAAGAUGUCUGGAAGAAGCUACUUGCUUUGACGGGGGUUGUGCGACAAAGUUAUACAGCACAAUGAAACAGCGAGCCUAGAGAAUCGAAGCGAGGAUGAACAUGCGCCCCCCUAUUUAUUUAACUUCUGUACUAUUUGGCAUCUUUUCGGGGGUAUGAAAAGGUUAUGUAAUGAAUGUAAUUCGUUGCCAAUCAGUAAGAACAUCCUGCUAAACAUUUUGAUGAUGCAACGACUAUGGAGAAAGCAUCUGAGCAUUGAUAUUGUGAAGAAUAUAAGCCUUGAAAAGGGAACAAAACUUCAGUGUAGACUGAAGUGUUGUUAGAAAAGGAAUUUAUACAAAAAGUGAUACAAAGGAUCUCCCCAAAAUUUCGUCUUCUCAAUUCCUGUUUGUUCCCUUUUAUCUUACAACUGGUCUCAACGUUGCACCGUGCAACAUUAUAUUUUCGUCGAGUUUUGGAUACAUUUACAUUAGUUUUCACUUUGGAGGGAAUAUAACGAGUAUCUUUGCUGGACAAACUGA